AUGGCAUCGAGACCAGAACUCAAGGUCGACGAUGAGGGUGGCUUCAUCCGCACCUUUCGUUCCCUACCCGCAAAGCCAGAUGGAACUAGUACAAUCCGUGUCUUCGACAGAACGGAUUGGUACUCGGCUCAUGGCGAGGAUGCAGAAUUCAUUGCACGAACAGUGUACAAAACCACUGCUGUCCUCCGAAACCUGGGCCGCAGCGAAAAUGCGCUUCCCAGCGUGACGAUGACCACCACAGUCUUCCGCAACCUACUCCGUGAAGCACUCUUCAAGUUGGGCCAAAGAGUAGAGAUCUGGGAAGCCAGCGGUAAGGGACAAUGGAAACUGGCUCGAGAAGCAAGCCCUGGAAAUUUGCAGGCUGUGGAGGAAGAGCUGGGUUCAGGCAUAGACAGUCAAGGUGAUAGUGCACCAAUCAUUCUUGCCGUUAAAGUCAGCGCGAAGACGGGAGAGGCCAGAAAUGUGGGAGUAUGUUUCGCAGAUGCAAGCGUCAGAGAACUUGGUGUCAGCGAAUUUCUCGAUAAUGACCUUUACUCAAAUUUCGAAAGUCUGCUCAUUCAGCUUGGAGUCAAGGAGUGUGUCAUUGCAAGCGACGGACAGAAGAAGGACCCUGAGCUCACGAAAAUACGACAGAUAGCCGAUUCAUGUGGCGUUGCAAUCUCUGAAAGAGCUGCUAGCGACUAUGGAACCAAAGAUAUCGAGCAAGACCUGUCUAGAUUGCUCAAAGGCGAAAAUUCUAUGGGGUUGCUGCCACAGACUGAUCUCAAGCUUGCUAUGGCCAGUGCCGCUGCACUGAUCAAGUACCUUGGUGUGAUGACAGAUCCCAGCAACUUCGGUCAGUACCGACUCUACCAGCACGACCUGAGUCACUUCAUGAAGCUCGACGCGGCUGCUCUAAGAGCACUCAACCUCAUGCCUGGUCCUCGAGAUGGUGCGAAGAGCAUGAGCUUAUUCGGUCUUCUCAACCAUUGUAAGACACCCAUCGGAGGUCGUCUACUGGCACAGUGGCUGAAGCAACCGCUGAUGGGCCUGGAGGCGAUCGAGACGAGACAACAACUUGUGGAAGCUUUCGUAACAGACACCGAACUCCGACAGACGAUGCAAGAGGAACAUCUACGCUCCAUCCCCGACCUGUAUCGCCUUGCGAAGAAAUUUCAACGUAAGAUGGCCAACCUCGAAGAUGUUGUGCGUGCCUAUCAAGUCGUCAUUAGACUCCCAGGUUUCAUUGAAGCCUUAGAGACCGUUGUGGACGAGCAAUAUCAGAUACCCUUGGAGGCACAGUACACUUCGAAAUUGAAAGAGUUGUCGAACUUUCUAGGCAAGCUUGCAGAGAUGGUCGAGACCACAGUCGACCUCGAUGCAUUAGACCGACACGAAUUCAUCAUCAAACCAGAAUUUGAUGAUAAAUUGAGAACGAUUAGAACCAAACUCGAUCAACUCAAGAACAGUAUGGAUAGUGAGCACCGCCGAGCGGGCAAAGAUCUCAACCAAGAUUUGGACAAGAAACUCUUCCUGGAGAAUCACCGAGUCCACGGCUAUUGUUUCAGACUUACUCGUACUGAAGCUGGAUGCAUACGCAAUAAACCAUUGUACAAAGAGAUCUCGACUCAAAAGAACGGAGUAUAUUUUACGACCUCAAAAUUGCAAGAACUAAGAAGGGAGCACGACCAACUUUCCGCUGCAUAUAACCGAACGCAAGGCUCACUUGUCUCCGAGGUGGUCUCAGUGGCGUCAUCAUAUACACCGGUCAUCGAACAACUCGCUGCUAUCAUCGCCCACCUGGAUGUAGUUGUGAGCCUGGCACAUGUAUCGGUGCACGCACCCGCCGCUUACGUUCGGCCUAAGAUGCACGAGCGUGGAACUGGCGACACCAUCUUGAAAGAAGCCCGACACCCAUGUAUGGAAGCUCAGGAUGAUAUCAAUUUCAUCACCAAUGAUGUGGAGCUGAAACGAGAAGAGUCACGAUUCUUGAUUAUCACCGGUCCAAAUAUGGGCGGCAAAUCUACCUACAUUCGUACCAUUGGGUGUAUUGCGUUGAUGGCCCAGAUUGGUUGCUUUGUACCCUGUUCCGAGGCAGAAUUGACCAUCUUUGAUUGCAUACUUGCCCGUGUUGGCGCCUCAGACUCUCAACUCAAGGGUGUCUCAACGUUCAUGGCCGAAAUGCUUGAGACAGCGAACAUCUUGAAAAGUGCUACCCGAGACUCGCUGAUCAUUAUUGAUGAACUCGGCCGAGGGACGAGCACCUACGAUGGAUUCGGUUUGGCUUGGGCCAUUAGUGAGGAAAUCGUGGCUCAAAUUGGCGCUUUUGGAUGCUUUGCAACACAUUUCCAUGAACUGACUGCUCUGGCUGACAAAUACCCAAACGCAGUCAAGAACUUACACGUAGUGGCUUUUGUGGACCAGGCUACCAGCAACACCGCCUCUGAACGAAGAGAGGUCACCCUGCUAUACAGAGUGGAAGCGGGAAUCAGUGACCAGAGCUUCGGUAUUCACGUCGCUGAACUAGUGAGAUUUCCAGAGAAGGUGGUCAACAUGGCACGCCGGAAGGCUGAAGAACUGGAAGAUUUCUCGGCUGUGACUGGGGAACAGAAGAAAGAGCAGUACUCCAAGGAAGAUGCUGAGGAAGGAAGUAAGCUGCUCAAAGCCAUGCUAAAGAAUUGGAAGGGCCAAAUCGAGGGACGAGAGAUGAGUAAGGAUGAAAAGCUCCAGCUCAUGAGGGACUUGGUCAAAGGCGAUUCCACCUUGAUGGCCAACCCCUUCUUUCAAUCUAUCAAGGCGCUGUGAAGAGUUGGCAGAAAGCCCUUGAAUUCGAUGAGCAAGGUGUAUGGCGACAGACAGGUGUUUUUGAUGAGGAUAUUGACACGAA